GUUCCUCCGUUUCCUAGCAACCAUAAAAUAAAUACAGGCAAACACACCUAAACCAGAACUGUUAGCUAACUUACUGGAGGUAAUAAGUGCAUUAAAACCCAAUGACUGUAUGACAGAAUGGGGAAAAAAAUAAAGAAGGAAGCUGAACCACAGCCCAAACAUGAGUUUGAACCACUGCCCAUUGAGAGCAAGAGCGCUGCAACAGUGAUUCUCAUGCUUCAGUCUCCUGAAGAAGAAGUGCUGGUCAAAGCCCUUGAAGCCAUCCGUAGAUUUGCAGAGAACGGUGAUGAGAACAAGAGCUCUCUGAUGGCUUUGGGGGCAGUGGAACCACUCACUUGCCUUAUAACACAUGAUGAUAAAACUGUUUGCAGAAAUGCUUUCACGGCUCUGGGAGUCAUGGUUUCGGACAAUGAUGUCAAACGACUGAUCAAGAAACUGAAUAUUAUUCCAUCUAUCAUCACCAAACUGGCACCAGAAGAAGACGUUAUCGUCCAUGAAUUUGCUACUCUGCUUUUGGCACAUCUGUCCGUGGACAUCACAUGCAAAGUUCAGAUCUUCCAACACGAUGGGCUGGAACCUCUCCUUCGUCUUCUGUCCAGCCCCGAUCCUGAUGUAAAGAAAAAUUCUGUGGAAUGCAUCUAUAAUCUUGUUCAGGAAUGUUCUAGUCGGGUGGCAGUGCAUAAGUUGAAUGGACUCCCACCGCUACUGGAGCUGCUGGGCUCUGAAUUUCCCAUCAUUCAGCAGUUUGCUCUACGCACUCUAGACAGCAUCAGCACAGACAGAGAAACCCGUGCAGCAUUCAGAGAGCAGCAAGGAUUCGAUCGACUCCUGGAGUUUCUUACAAACAAAGAGUUUAGUGACCUGCACUUGGAAGCUCUGAAAGUCAUCUCAAACUGUAUGGAGGACGCUGAGUCCAUGCAGCUUAUUCAGGGGAAUGGAGGCCUGGAGAAGUUGCUGCAAUUUAUCAUCACACCCACCGCUCAUGAUAUCCAGGCUAAUGCGGUUAAAGCUAUCAGCAGAGCAGCACAGCGUAGUGAAAACCGAAAGAUCCUGCAUGAGCAAAAUUUUGAAAAGGCCCUCAUUGGAUUGCUUGUAGUGGAGAACGACAACAUACGUACUGCUGCAUGCCAGGCAGUGUCAGCCAUGAGCAAGAACCUGAGCAGCAGAGACACUUUCAGACAAUUUGAUGGGAUCAGACCUAUUGUGCAGCUGCUGAGCAGUGAGGGAAAUGAGGUAAAAGAGGCUGCGGCAGAAGCCUUAUCAAGCCUUACCCACGGAAACCAACUGAAUGCAUAUGCUGUUUAUGAAGCAGAUGGAGACAAGCUGCUUGUCCAGCUCCUACAGAAUGGCACUCCUGCAGCAGUAGUGCAUGCAGCAGCUGUUCUGAGCAGCAUGGCUUCACAGGAAGUGCUUCGCUGUAGCAUUCUCUCCCACGGAGCCAUGCAGGCACUGCUGAAACUGCUACACUCCACUAAUAAACCCAUACUCAUCAGCGCCACCCAGGCUGUAGCUGCGCUCGCCUGUGAUGCAGAGGGAAGGGCUGAGUUAAGAAAUGUUGGAGGUCUGCCCCAACUGGUUAACCUGCUGACAUCAAAAGACACUGAAAUCCGGCGAAGUGCAUGCUGGGCAGUGACUGUGUGUGCUAAUGAUGAACCAGCAGCCACAGAAAUGUGCAGAUUAGGGGCUUUGGAGAUCCUCCAGGAGAUCAACUGCUCACUGAACCGUAAGAACAAGUUCAGUGAGGCAGCCUUUCAGAGGCUGUUGAAUAGCAACCUCUCGGUAAAAUACAGCCUUACAGGACAUCUCUUCACCACUGAUAUCACUACAGACGGCUUCUAUGAUCCAGGACAGACCAGAGAUGGUCACAGGGUUCCUGAUCUUGAAGAUAUAGCAAAGCAGGUUAUCAACCAGCACCGAGCCAUCAUUGCAGUUAAUGGAAACCCCCCAGCUGAUAAAUCAAAAGGCAAAGGGUGGCAGGAGGAUGAGAAACAGAGGUGUGACGAUGAGUGUAAACCCCAGCAGGAAGCAGUAGAGGAGAAGCCAUGGACACUGCCAUAUGAUGCUCAGUUCAACAGUCUGAUCAAAGAGACAUUCAAAUCUGUCCUGCCCUUACAUGAAGAGGUGGAAAUGUACACUGCCCUGGCUAAGUUGGUGUGUGAUGCAAUGGGGGGCCCGGUAGAUAUUGAGAAACAACAUGAUUUUCUUUGGGAGCUUCACCUGAGUGAGCUGAAGGUUGAGAUGCAGUCAAACAUCAUUCCUAUCGGCAAGAUCAAAAAGGGAACCUACUAUCACAGAGCCCUACUCUUCAAGGUUUUGGCAGACAGGAUUGGCUUGAGCUGCAGUUUGGUGAGAGGACAGUACAGUCGUGCCUGGAAUGAAGUUCUGCUCCCCUCCACCACCACAAAAGCUACUGGAUUUUACCCUCAACUUCAGACUUACAUCAUAGAUCUCAUGCACAAACCUGGAACCCUUAUGAAGUGUGGCACGCCUGCUGCUGUACAGUACCAGACAAUCUAAGAAAAACACAUUAGCUCAAAGUUUAUAGCUUUCCUUUAGCCCUCUCUGCUCUACACUCCAUCUCUGUACUUUUGACCAUUAGGCUAAUCCUGUUCAAUCAACAAUUAAUCCACCCACUGAAUGUGCUAUGUUGCAAUAACCCACUGAUAUUCACUAUGAUGCUGACACAACUGAAUUAAAUAUCUUUGGUAUUAAAGCGAUAGUAAUAACACUAGUAAAUAUAGAUGAUCAACCAAAA